CUGGGAAUCUGCCCGGGAUUUGGGGAAAGGGAAUCAGCCCGGGAUUCUGGGAAUCUGCCCGGGAUUUUGGGAAAGGGGCUGGAAUCAGCCUGGGAUCAGCAGGAAAGGGGUUGGAAGCUGGGAAUGAUGGAAAAUCGGGAAUGAUGGAAAAUCAGGAAUUAUGAAAAGUUGGGAAUGAUGGAAAAUUGGGAAUGAUGGAAUGUCAGGAAUGAUGGAAAAUCGGGAAUGUUGGAAUGCCAGGAUGUUCUGGGAAUGUUGGAAUGUCAGGAAUGAUGGAAAGCUGGGAAUGAUGGAAAAUCGGGAAUGUUGGAAUGCCAGGAUGUUCUGGGAAUGUUGGAAUGCCAGGAAUGAUGGAAAAUCGGGAAUGUUGGAAUGCCAGGAUGUUCUGGGAAUGUUUCGAAUCCCAGAAUCCCAGAGCCAAAGCCGGGAUGUUGCUGCUGGAAUUGCAAGGCCGGAGGAUCCUCGGCUCCGGCUCAUCCCGGAAUGACCUGGCCUGACAGUCCCUGACCAUGAGCGAGGACUCAUGCCGCACCCGCAGCCAGAAACGCGCCCUGGAGCGGGAAUCGGAGCCGGAAAAUAAAAAACUCAGGAUGGAAAAAGGAAUUCCGGGAUCCGAGCUGGGCUCCGAGGGGGAGAUGAAAAUCCAAUCGGAUCCCGGAGCCGGGAAAAUCCCGGGAAUGCUGAAAAGUUCCGAAGUCAAAGCCACCAUCAAAGUGGAGCUGCCGGCCGGGGAUGAGCCCGUGGAUAUGAGCACUUCCAAAGGGGAUUCCCGGCGGGAUCACCGUGGGGUGUCUCCGGAUGUGAUCGUUCUGUCGGACACCGAGGCCGGGAGCCCCCGGCUGAACGGGCUGGACCCCGCAGGGCCCCCCCAGCCCGGGCCCGGCCUCCUGCGGAGCCCGGAGCAGCGGGAGCGCCUGAUCCGGCAGCUGCAGGAGGAGCUGCGCCUGGAGGAGGCCAAGCUGCGGAGCCCGGAGCAGCGGGAGCGCCUGAUCCGGCAGCUGCAGGAGGAGCUGCGCCUGGAGGAGGCCAAGCUGGUGCUGCUCAAGAAACUGAGGCAGAGCCAGAGCCAGAAGGAAGCGCCCGCGCCCAAGCUUUCCUCGGCUCCCUCUGGAAGCGCCGCGGCCGCGCCCCCGCCCCUCCUGCGGGGCCCUCAGGCUGCUCCCGCUGGGAAAACUUCCCUCCAGAGGAUCCGGGAAACCUUUGGGGAAUCUCGGAGUAAAUCCCAAAAAUCCUGUGGAAUUUUGGGAGGAAUUAACCCCUAG